AUGUCCCAAGCUCAAGCUCAACCUCUAAACUCGAACCCAGAGAUUCUUUUGAGAAAGAGAAGAAAUGCUGACCGUACCAGACUAGAAAAGCAGGAGUUGGCUAAGAAGAAGAAGGAACAAGAAGAGAAGCGCAAGCGCAGCAAGAAGAACAGAUUUGUCAGAGCGGAGUCUAUAGUUGCCACUUCUUUGGCUACCGAAAGAGAAAAGACUAGAAUCAGAAGAAUCAGAGAUUUGGAAAACAAGAAGACCAUCAAGGACCUGUCCCAUGUGCCCUCAGACAGAAACUUCAUCUUGCGCAUCACAGAGAGGACAAAGGACUCUGCAAAUGGCGAGGAUGAACUUGUUGAUGUGGAUGAAGACGACGAAGAAGACGACGGUUUGUUGAGAGAAAAGAUCGUGUAUAACGGCGAACCAACAUUGUUGUUUGUGAUUAGAGUGAAGGGACCUACUGCAGUUAAGAUUCCAGCCAAGGCAUUCAAGGUUCUAACAUUAUUGAGACUUGUCGAGCUAAAUACCGGUGUGUUCAUAAAGUUGACGAAAGACGUGUAUCCAUUGUUGAAACUUGUGUCCCCUUACAUUGUUAUUGGUCAACCAUCCCCAGCAUCAAUCCGUUCUUUGAUCCAAAAGAGAUCCAGAAUAAUGUGGCAGAGACCAGAAGACAAGGAACCAAAGGAAAUUAUUCUUAACGAUAACAAUAUUGUCGAAGAAAAAUUGGGAAGCGAAGGUAUUAUCUGUAUCGAAGAUAUCAUUCACGAAAUUUCAACCUUAGGCGAAAGUUUCGCUAAAUGCACCUUCUUCCUAUUGCCAUUCAAGUUGAACAGAGAGGUAUCCGGUUUCAGUGCCAUUUCCCGUUUGAACAAGUUGAAGUCCCGUGAACAGGACAAAAAGACUCGUCAAAUCUCGAACGCAGCCACUGCUCCAGUUAUUCAAGUCGACAUCGAUGCCAUGAUCUCAAAGUUGAACUGA